AUGUCUAGAAGAUACGAUUCAAGAACUACAAUCUUUUCCCCUGAAGGGAGAUUAUAUCAAGUUGAAUAUGCACAAGAAGCUAUAUCUCAAGCAGGAACUGCGAUUGGGAUUUUAUCGACUGAAGGUGUUGUGUUAGCGUGUGAAAAGAAGUUUACAUCUAAAUUGUUGGACGAUGAUGGAUCAGCAGAAAAAUUGUACGUGUUGAAUGAUAAUAUGAUUUGUGCAGUUGCUGGUAUGACGGCCGAUGCUUCUAUAUUAGUGAACAACGCUAGGGUAAACGCACAACAGUAUUUGAAGUUAUAUAACGAAGAUAUUCCAUGUGAAUCAUUGAUUAGAAAGAUAUGCGAUAUUAAGCAAGGUUACACCCAGCAUGGUGGUUUGAGACCGUUUGGGGUGUCAUUUUUAUAUGCGGGAUACGACGAUAGAUACAACUUCCAAUUGUUCACUUCCAAUCCUUCAGGUAACUAUUCUGGAUGGAAGGCGACUAGUAUUGGUGCCAAUAACUCUGCUUCGCAAACAUUAUUAAAGAAAGAUUACAAAGAUGACAUGAAUUUGAAAGAAGCGUGUGAAUUAGCAAUAAAGAUCUUAUCCAAAACAAUUGAUAACUCGAACUUGAAUAGCGAUAAAUUAGAAUUCGCUACUUUAAGCCAUUCUUCUAACAAAGAGAAAAUAGUCCAUAAGAUUUGGGGUUCUGAAGACAUCGAUUCAUUGAUCAAAGAGUCUGGUGUAUUAGAUAGAGUAGAUGAAGAGUAA